AUGAAGACGCUUACCACCGCGGCGGCUGCGACGGCGCUGCUGUCGCUCGCUAGCGGCCAGAAUACUUAUUCCAUCGACAGCGACGAUGCCAUCAAGAAGACGGCCUCCCAGAUGGCCGAGGACCUGCUCAAGCACUAUCACGGAGACGAGCCCGGCCAGGUUCCCGGUAUUCUUCCCGGUCCUCCCCCAGCUGGGCCCUACUACUGGUGGAUUGGAGGUGCCAUGUGGGGGACGCUCAUUGAUUACUGGCAUCUGACCGGCGACACAACCUACAAUGACCGAAUCAUGCAGGCAAUGCAGUUCCAGGUCGGCGAGAACAAGGCAUACAUGCCCAACAACUACACGGCCUCUCUGGGUAACGACGACCAGGGCUUCUGGGGCAUGUCGGCCAUGCUCGCUGCCGAAGUCAAGUUCCCUGAUCCGCCGUCGGACAAGCCCUCAUGGCUCGCUCUAGCCCAAGCUGUCUGGAACACGCAGGCCAGUCCUUCCCGACACGACACGGAAUGCAACGGUGGUCUUCGAUGGCAGAUUCCUUUUGCCAAUAACGGCUUCGACUACAAGAACUCGAUUGCCAAUGGCAUUUUUUUCAACAUGGGCGCCCGCCUGGGCCGUUAUACCGGAAACCAGACGUACAUAGACUGGGCCGAAAAGACGUUCGACUGGGUCACGGGUGUCGGCUACAUUGAUCCUCAAACGCAUGCCAUCUACGAUGGUGGCCAUGUCGAGCACAACUGCACCGACAUUAACAAGGUUGAAUUUUCGUACAACAAUGCCGUCUUCCUGCAGGGCUGCGCGUACAUGUACAACCACACAGACGGAGCGCAAAAGUGGAAGAAUUGCGUCGACGGUCUGGUGAAGCACGGUCUGGAACACUUCUUCCCAAAAGAAGACAUUGCGUAUGAGCCCGCGUGUGAGGGCGUCAAGACGUGCACGACGGACAUGUUGUCGUUCAAGGGCUACUUGCACCGGUGGUGGUCGGCGUCGGCACAGAUGGCGCCGUACAUUGCGGAUCAGGUGCUGCCGGUGCUCAGAAAGUCGGCGGCGGCGUGCGUGAAGCAGUGCACGGGAGGCGAGGGUGGCAGACAGUGCGGCUUCUACUGGCAGUCGGGUGCGUGGCAGGCUCCUGACCCGCCCAACUCGGGGGCUAGUCAGCAGAUGAAUGCCGUGGCGGCUGUGUCUGCGCUCCUGUACCCCAAUGCGAAGCCGGCGGUGACGGCCGACACGGGUGGCACAUCCAAGAGCGACCCCAACGCGGGCGUGGGCCAGGCCAACGCCUAUCACAAGGAUCCCAAGCCGAUUACAACGGCGGAUCGUGCUGGAGCUGGUAUUAUAACGUUUGUGCUGCUGAGUGCGUCGCUGGGCAUGUUUGGCUGGAUGAGUGUUGGCAUUUAA